AGCUAUGUCGCGAUUUCUUCUAACCUAUCUUACAGCAAUUCUAUCCUAACCUUCCUGAAUGUGUCACUUGAAUGCGAUAUCGCGUCAGUUUAGAUGACAUAUCUCCCGAAGAAACCCCGCCGCGUUCGCAGAAUAAAAGGCUUCCAAGAAAUAAAAACAACGAAAGCGAAACGAUGAACGUACAGACGAGGCAUCCCUACGAGGGUUUACUGCACAAGUACACUAAUGCUAUGAAAGGCUGGCAGUAUCGUUGGUUCAUCUUGAGUCCCGAGACCGGUGAACUGCAUUACUUCCUCAGCGAAUCUGAGAAAAAUCAAAGGCCACGGUGUUCGAUAUAUUUAGCAGGUGCUGUGAUAGCCCCCAGUGAUGAAGAUUCAAACACAUUCACUGUCAAUUCUGCUACAGGUGACAUGAUUAAACUACGGGCCACUGAUGCCAGAGCACGUCAGGAAUGGGUGGAUAAGCUGCGAGCAGUUACGGAGAUGUAUACCAGGGCUAUAGCCAGCAGUCAUCCUCCGUUACCACCUAGAGAACAUUCUGGGAAUUCGAGCAGAAAUCCUGUCGUUAAACUGGAAGUGCUGGACGCUUUUGCCAACUGUCAGGAGCAAUUGAGAAAAGUGGAGAAACAUAAUCUUGCUCUGGCACAAUCCAUUGAGAACUCGGAUUUGCAUCUAGAUACAGAUCUCUUAGUUCUCAAAGCUAUGGCACAUACUACCUUGCAUACACUGAGCCAGUGUCUGAAUAUAUUAUAUCAGUAACAAAUUAAUCAUAUAUAUAUAUUUUUUAUGCUUA